AUGCCAGACAGGUCACAGCAGCCAGAGUUGAUGGGCACUCCAUCACAGCUGAGGAUUCUGCCAACAGCAGCAGAGGUGGAGGAGCCCACAACGGUGUUCUGUGGGAAGGAGCUGACUUUCAGGCAUUGUGUUGGGACUACACAGAGGCAGCUGAAAGGAGGCUCUCAACCUCCUCACUGUCAACAGCAGGAAGCCAGUGGCUGCUGUUUCCAGGCCCUGAGCUUGGAGACAGCUCUGGGAAGCUGGUCCGUCUCCUGGGUCAGGGUUCUGCAACUGCCGAAGGCUGCAGCUGGUGCUGUGCGGGCUUAUUCCUGUUGGGGAGUCCUUGUUGGAGCAGAGGAAGAGUCCAUUUCCCAGGGAGCAAACUUGUGGCCCUGUGAAAGCCCUGUGAAAGCUGUAACUUUGGGCAGAGCCCAGGUGCAGCAGAAGCCCUCAGCAGAGACCACCGAGGGCAUCGGCAUCAGCAUCAACUGCUCGCACCCCAAAAUUGAUGCAGACUUUACGCAUUGGUAUCGUCAGAUCAGGGACCAACGACCAGAGCUGGUUGCAACUGGUGUCCGAGGCACAAAAACAGUGCAGGACCCGCCGGGACGGCUGUCGGUGGCGGCAGACCGCCGGUCCAGCGCCCUGUGGCUCGAACGGCCCCGGCGCGGGGACGCGGCUGUGUAUUACUGCGCCGUGAGAGACACGGGGAGAGGAGCCGGGGCUGCGGCCGGGCACGAACAGCCGCGGGCGGGGCCGGGUGGCUGUGGCGGGGGCAGGGGGACAGUCCCUGAUGAGUCCGCCAGAGGGCGCUGCCGCUCCGCUCUCUGGGUUCGCCUGGAUUCGUCCGGCCCUGUCUGGCCCCGGGGAGGUUCCCCCGCCCGAGCGGCACCAGCACCGGCAUCGACAUCGGCACCAUCCUCAGUCUCAGCGGGUCGCAGACAGAAAUACCGCGCGACAGUGAGGAGGAAUCGCGAGCGGAGCGGUGCCGGUGUCCGGCGGUGCCCGGGAAGGAGCGAUUGCAGCCGCUGGCUCCCGGCGAGGAGCAGCGACUUUCUGCUCUGCAGAGGGAGGUGAGCAGCAGAGAUCCUCCUGUCCACGGGCAGCCGCACAGCCCUAGCUCCAGCGGCACCAACGGCCCAUUGCUGCUGCUCAACGGGCGGGGCCUGAGAAUCGCUGCCAGAACUCAACUGAUUCAGUGCUCAAGCAAGCCUUUGCUUUGACACCACACCCAGACCUGCUUUCUUGCUGGCAACUUUGUAAAUAGGCUCAGAUACACAAUUACAAAUUGAAUCCUCCAGCUCAACAGCCCACUUCAGAGAUGUGCCUUUUGGUGUUGGAAAAUCAUCCUGUUUAUAUACUCCCAAAAUUACAUUAGGCCCUUUGAAGACAAGCAGAAGGCUGAUGUAGCCCCUGGUAAAAAUGAGUUUGACACCCCUGCUGUAGAGCUAGCAGUUCUACCUCGGCACCAACAUGAGAAGGAGAUACUGAUUGUCACAGACACCUGCAAGUGUAUCCCGCAUUGGUGUUUGGGACAUAAAGCUUGUUGCACAGGAUUCCCCUCAACCUCAGAUUGAGAGCCUUUGGUGUUGAAGUGAAACCCAGGAGAUCGGAGAGAAGCUUGAGCUGGGCACUUGUUGAAAGACGCAUCUGAGACCCAAGUUGAGACCUCAGGAGUGAGCCACAAAAAGACCUGCUAGUUGCCCUAUGGGGCUGAAGGUCUGAGGUGAGGAAGAGCUGGGAAGAGGCCUCUGAGCAUGGGGUUCUGGGCCCAGCCAGUCCCCAGGGAAGGCCGCGUGGCUGUAGAAACUGACACAGCUCUGAAAGUCCAUGUCCACAGGCUUCAGAGGCAGAGAGGGAAGGUUCAGCCCUGUCACUUGCCUCAGCUGAGGACUGUUGUGGCAGCUAUAGUUGUAUUACAGGGGAGCUCCUGGCACUUUGCAAGUCAUUGGAGAGCAUAGGGCAGCUUACCAUCCUUCUGCCAUGGCCUUGACUGAACAACAGGACCCUGAAGGUUUUGUGGGAGCACGGUUGUGAAUGGGAGCUUUUGUGCUAACAACCAGUUUUCUGCAGUCCCUGCCAACUGUGUGAGCAAAGAGCCCUGGGUGAGAAGUGGCAGAGGAGCCCUGCUCCAGGCAUCAGACAUAGAAGCACAUUAAAAUCAAGUAGCCCUUUUUCUCCUCUGAGUAUUGGGGUUCAGGGACCCAGGGUGAGACCAGGAGCUGAAGGUUGUGAGUAAGGUGGGGAAGUGAGGGAUCACAGAAGGACUGGUGUAUAAUAGAGAGUGUGUUUCCCUGUCCUCCCCCUGCCAGGGUGUGGAAUUGUGUCUGUCCCUGUGUGUCUGGUUUCUGCAGCAGAUGCUCUUUACAGAUAUGCUUCUCUUUAGCUUCUUCCUCUGUGGCCAGAGGAGAAGGGAGAGAGUGUGUGAGACCUGGGUCUAGGCAUUUCAGUGUGUGUCUGGUCCUCCCUCCAUUCAGAUAGUCCCAGGGACAGGGUGGGCAUGGGUGGGUGCAGAGGUGCCUUCUGCAUCUCCUGCAGAGCUGGGUGCAGGCCUGUGCAACUACCUAGGUGGUUGAUGUCAGGAGAAGUUCACCAGCGAUGCCUGCCCCUCUGAUAGAUGGUACCUCAUCCAUGAGUCUGCUAUCACUCUGGGGAGUCUUCUUGUGGUAGAGAUAGGGAGACAGACCCAAAGAAGCUGCCUGGACCAGCAGGGAGAGAGUUUUGGUCCCCCCUCUGGACUGGGGUUUGGAGGCCUCUUUGAUCUGGCAGAGGCAGAAGAGCUCAAGUUGCAAGAAUCUGGUCCCUCAUGCUGGCAGGUCCCUGGGCAUCCCAUGAAGAAAGUACAUGACAUGGUCCUGAUUUUCCUGAUAGCCCUGGUGGAACUGGUAGACUUUGGUGAGACGUGACUUUUGGGAUGGGUAGAAUGAAACAAGAGUUUGUGUUACUGAUGGUGACAGUGAGGAGAUGUGAGUCCCAACUCCCUGGGGCAUCUGGGAGUGUUUCUGUAGGGAGAGUAGAGGCUGCAGGUGAGUGUGACAAAUAAUCUGUGAGCUGACAGGAGUAAUGGACGGAAGAGAAGCCAUAAGAAGUCACAUUAAAUUUUCAGGUACUCAACAUUCCUGAAUGUGCUGCUAAUAGAUACAAAGCCUGAAAGAGGGAAAGAUGCAAAGAAAUGGAGCAAUGUUGCAUUCAAGAGCUUCUGUCCUAGAUGUAUCGGAUACAAUGCUACCAAUCUCUGUAGCGAUGGUGAUAAACCUUGGAGGACAAACCGAGAAGUUUAACAAGAAAUAAGAAGAGCUGAAAUGCCAUAAAAGGACAGUACAAGGGCAUAUCAUGUGGUGACCCUUCAGCCAGAUGCUAUACAAGAUUCUCUGCUGAAACCCUCCUCACACUCAUCCACUGCUGGAGAGUGGUCCCACUCUUUUUCAUGUAUCUUUUUAAGGAAAAUCACAGUGCUUGGCUGGAAGGAACCCCUCUGUCCCUGAGUCCGUGCUGGUUUCUCUGUCCCACAGCUGGUAACCACAUCUCUGUAGUCCUGUUUCCUCCCACAGGCAACAGGACUGGUUCUGGAAACCUAUGCUCAGACAAUCCCAUCCUAGCACUGCACGUGGAAGCUCAUCCAGAGAGUGGUGACUUUCAAAUGGGAUUCCAUGUAGUAAAUUGGAAUCUGUUGCUCAUGAAGCACCAUCCCUUUCACCUGAGAAACACUAGGGUAGUUGGUUGUUGUCCUACUGCUGAUACAGUGUGUCCCACCUCUCUCAAGUGAUAUGGGUCUGCUCUGCCAGACCUGUUGAAGGCUUCAUGUGCCCCUAUUUAUCUCAGAGGGCCCUAGACAGCAUUGAUGAGGAGCUGAUGGCAGCCCUCAGUGUCUUGCACUCCACUGUGUCUCAGGUCCCAAAAGCAAGGAAGGACAAGCAGGACAGAUUCAGGCUCAGGCUCUUUCUUCAGCCUCACUGGGCUGUCCCAGGAAUUUUCUGAAAUGCCACUGAGAAAGAGAGCACAGCUGACAAGGGUGGGCAUCAGGCUGUCCUUGGGAACUGGUUUCUGGGCCUGGCUGCAGGACUAAGAGCCAAGUGCCCAGGACUGGUGGACACAGAAGAAUCACCUCCAGAAGCACCACUGCUUCCAGAAGGGAGGAGUAGACAUUCAGUCCAGACUCAAUCUUCUCACUUGUAGAGCUCUACACUCAGGUGAUAUCAGUCCCACACUGCUGAUAAAGGUGUACCUGCCAUGUUGAUGCCUCCUCCUUAUGGAGUGGUGACAUGGACUCCAUCUUCACUGUGCAGAAAGAAGAGCUUUGAAAACACAAUUCAACUGUUCUGAAAUGAAAAUCAAAGUGCCCUUUGGAAGUGCUAAUGUCCUGCCAGUGACCAUAAAGAGACACUUGCUACCAGCUAGCCUGGUGAAGCAUAGUGAUUUGCAUAUUUUUAAUUAAAAAUAUAAAAAGUACAUUCAUAAUCUGGAUACAAGAAUCUAUAUCACAGAAUAAAUGUUU